GCAACAGGAGAAAAAUCUAAAAAUACCAGCUUCUCUGGAAAUUUUCUGGACUUGUCUAAGAAGAUGACUUUGAACAGGCUAUCAGCCAAAUAUGAGUCAGCACCUGAAACUACAAAUGGAUCAGUCAUGCAUGGUUUGUCUCUUGAGAGGAAUCCCAUUGAAAUAUUAGAGACUGGAAGGAGCAUCAGUGACAUCAUUGAUGGCAAGAUUAGACAGCUGUAUUUGGUGGGCAGCGAGGAGCCUUUUUAUGUCGUAAAUCUUGACAAUAUAUUAGAGAGGCACCUGCAGUGGAUCAGUCUGUUGCCUCGGGUGAAACCCUUCUAUGCAGUGAAGUGCAACAACACAACAGCAGUUUUGAAGAUGCUAAGUGCUCUGGACACCGGAUUCGACUGUGCCAGCAAGGCUGAGAUCGAGCUGGCCCUGUCGCUUGGCGUGAAGCCCGAUGACAUCAUAUACGCCCACACAACCAAACCGCUGUCCCACAUCAGAUACGCCUGCGCUCACAGAGUGAAUCUGAUGACUUUUGAUAAUGAGGAGGAACUCUUAAAAAUCUCUCUUGUCCAUCCCCAAGCCAAGCUGGUAAUACGAAUUGCAGUGGACGACUCCAAAUCGAUGUUCUCGGAAGUCAUUAACGGAUCGCUGGAUGAAUUCUUCCCACCUGUCAGUGGGUUGGAGGUGAUUGCAGAGCCGGGCAGAUACUACGUGGAAUCGGCCUUCACGCUGGCAGUGAACGUCAUCGCCAAAAGAGUCGUCGUCGAGGACAGAGCCAAUAAAUGCGCAGACGGAGCAGGAAGCUGCCCCGAGAAGGUGAUGAUGUACUACAUUAACGACGGUGUGUACGGCUCCAUGAGUUGCAUCACCUUUGACCCCGCUCACAGCAAACUUGAACCGUACCCUCACAGGGCUGUUAAGAAGAGCGAACCGAGAUAUUGCUCCGUCAUCUGGGGUCCAACCUGCGACAGCAUCGACAAAAUAACCGAAAGCUACUGGAUUCCUGAGCUGUACGUGGGCGACUGGCUUCUCGUCGACAACAUGGGCGCUUACACUGUCAGCGUAACCACCGACUUCAACAGCUUUGAAAAGGCACACAUUUAUACUGUUGUGACAGCUGAGACUUGGCACAGCCUAAACCUGUCUCGUGCCUACGAUACUGUCCAUUAAAGAGGCGAGCACUUAUACUUAACUUCACUGGCCUGUUGUGAAUAUCGUGUCUUUUGUCUGUUGCACUGUAGAAUGUUUUCCUGCUUUUAAAAUAGCCUCUGUGUUAAGUCUGUUAACUUAGCAGAAGCAAGCCAUCCACUGCAGAGCUUCUAUGAAUGUAUUGUGAGGUUAAUGAUGUCCUUGUCUCAUCAAAUUUAAGUGGGGUGAAGACCAAUCGGUUACCUAACCUUAAUUACAGUGUUAUGUGACGCCCUUUUUAAAUACGAGACAUAUGCCAGUUUAUUUUGGCCACUUAAUGACUGUAACUAGUUAAUAUGAUCUGCUGUCUGCCAAAGGAAGUGAAACUCAGAGCUAAAGUGUUAUGAAAAAACUGCAUAUAAAACUGUAUGCUGCUAUAAGAAAUUAUUUAUUGUCAGUCUCUUACAGUCUACAAAUGUUGCAAGACUAAUUGUCAUUCUUUAUUUUAGCGUGUGUGUGCAUCUCUUCCAAAAAAAAUGGUGGGAGGAGAAGAGGUGUUUUUAUAAAAACAACAAAAAAAAACUUUUAUU